AUGUUUAAUAAUGAUACGAAUAAUGUAACAACUACUAUUAAUUUUGAUAAUGAUUGGAGAUAUACUCGUUUGUCAAAUACAUCUUCAUAUGAUAAUGAAUUUAUUUUAUUUUCAUAUAAUGAUCAACAUUGGACACAAAUUCAAUUACCACAUUAUGAUAAUAAAAAAUCACAAAAAUUUACUUCAACAUGUGUUUCAUAUUGGUAUAGAAAACGAUUUAAUUUAGAUCAAAUAGUUGAUAAAGAUCAACAUAUUUAUUUAUCUUUUGAAUUCAUAUCUAAAAAUAAGAAACAAAAUAAUAAUGAAUUAGAUAUAAAAAUACCUGCUAUAACAAUAUGGUUAAAUGAAAAUGAAAUUUUUUCUGAUACAUUUUCACAACCAAUUAGUUUAACAAAAUAUUUAAAAUAUGAUAAAGAAAAUUUACUUGUUAUUUAUUCUAAAUAUGGAUAUCGACUUUUUUUACAUGCACAGUUACUUUUACAACAUCAUUUAUCUGGUCAUAUUAAUCUUGAUGAACUUGAAGAAAAUGUAACACAUCAAGAACAAAGUAAAACACUUGAUUAUAUGGCAAGUUUUGAUGAUUCCGAUGGGCUUAUUACUGUUUUUAUUCAUGCAUUAACGAAAUACGUUGACAAUAAUAAUAUUGAUAUUAACGAUUAUAAAAAUCGAAAUUUUCAUGAUGAAAAUAAAACAUUAAAUAAUAUUAAAAAUAAUGAAAAUGCUGAAAUGGCACUUAUAAUAAAAGGUCCAAUACCUCGUCUUGCUAUUUUAAUGCUUAUUGUUGGUACACG